GCAUGAAUGUAAUGCAUUUUGUACUGCAUUAGAAGAGCAAUAUAUCCGAUAAACCUUGAUGAAUAUCGGUAACUUUCCAGCCAAAUUUUAUUAUCAUUCCAAAUCCAAGCGAAAAAUGGACAACCUCUUCCGACAGUCAAUGCGAAUAGCACUGGUUGUGUGCUGUUAUUGGUGUGUUUCGAUCUCAUUGGUGUUUCUCAAUAAGUACCUACUGAGUAGCAAAGACUUGAGGCUUGAUGCGCCUCUGUUCAUCACAUGGUUCCAAUGUGUUGUAUCGCUGCUGCUCUGUGGUGUCCUCAGUCUCAUAGCAAAGGUCUUCCCAAAUCACGUUACCUUCCCAAAGUUCCACAUAGAGAUGAAGAUCAUGCGGGAGGUGCUGCCGCUAUCUCUUAUAUUUGUUGGAAUGAUUACGUUCAAUAAUCUGUGCCUGAAAUACGUCAACGUUGCGUUUUAUUAUGUUGGGAGAUCUAUGACUACUGUCUUUAAUGUGAUCAUGACAUACCUUAUCCUUGGUCAGAAGACAACUUGGCAAGCUAUGGUCUGUUGUACAAUCAUAGUUGUAGGGUUCCUUCUUGGAGUUGACCAGGAAGAUGCAGCAGGUUCACUCUCGGUAAUGGGCGUCAUAUUUGGAGUCCUUGCAAGUUUAUUCGUUGCGCUUAAUGCCAUCUUCACGAAAAAGGUCUUGCCAGCAGUCAACCAGAACAUAUGGCGGUUAGCCCUCUACAAUAACUUCAAUGCCAUGAUCCUGUUUUUACCACUCAUGCUUCUCUCCGGGGAAUUCGAAAGCGUCAUCUAUUUCGAUAGACUCGGUUAUCCAUUCUUUUGGAUUGCCAUGUUUGCCGGUGGCGUAUUUGGUUUUGCCAUCGGAUAUGUCUCAGGAUUACAAAUUCAAGUGACGUCACCACUGACCCAUAAUAUCUCUGGAACAGCAAAGUCAUGUGCUCAAACGAUCUUAGCUUGUGCCUAUUUUAGGGAUGUGAAGAGCCUGCUAUGGUGGUUAUCAAAUGCUGUGGUUCUUUUUGGAUCAUUCGCCUAUACGUUGGUGAAACGUUUCGAGAUGCGCAAAUUCCACGAGAAGGAGAUGUUAUUGUUGUCAUCGAAGUUGGAUGAUGUUGAAUCAGCAGAGGAGGAGGGCACGAAGUAAAAAUUACAUUCGUUGGCAUGAUGAAGUGGUUAAGAUGCCACAUAUUUGUUGUGUUUUACAGGCUUAACUAGCUACUAACUAGGUGAACUAACUAGAUAUUGGGACGAGGUUAUGUAUUCAUAUGUGUGGGACAAGGCAUGUAUAGCAGAUAGCAUCGAGGGACAAGUUGAUAUUCGUUAAAUUCUAGUGUACUCACUUUUAGUUGAAGAGAUGUGCUUUUAAUACUAUUGCAACUAAUAAAAGCUUAGGUCUACUUGCCAGUUGAUAGCCUGAAGCCCCCAAAUUGAAUCUGUGUCACUCACUAUUUAUGUAACUCUGAUAAAAUGGCUCAAGGAUGUGAUAUUUGAGAAAAUGACAGAAGGCAAUAGUAGAAUAGGUUGUAGAAGAACUUGAAAUGAACAAGUAAAAAUAUGAUCAAUAAGGUUAUUGACUAAAUUUUGUAGCUCUCACACCCCUGGUGGCAUCUGGUCUUUAUUUUCGAUGCAAAUUUACUCUCGUUUACUGAACAUGCACUUUUAGGCGUGAGAUCCAGAAUCCUCCAUGCAGUGCCAGUAAUGGAACUUACUUAUUAUUGCAGUUCAUCAGAUGCAUUGCUACGAUAUUUCCCAAAGUUGAUGAUACUCAGUUUCUUUGUUUCCGCCAGUCUCAUAUGAUGAUCUCCAAAAAUUGACAUUUACUCUGACUACUCGGGAGUAAACACUUAUCUAUA